ACCUAUAUUUCGAUUUUGUUACGCAAGGAUUAAAGUCGAGUGUAGUUUUGUGUCAUUCUAUUCUUUACUGUUACUGUACUGGACAAUUAUUCAACACAUAUUUGUUGAAUUUAUUUUACAAUGUCAAAAACACAUAGUCCUACUGUUUUUAAUGGAGAGGCUGACAAUUUUUAUGAUCCAAAUUUUACUUUGGACAUUAACAAGAGGAUGCGUGUACCAAAAAGUAUUCGCGUAAAUGGCGACUAUACAGAUGAAGAUGCAGCCGGCACGAAUGGCUCUGCUUGGAAUCAAGUGGUUGCUACAGAAAAAUUUGAGAUGCAUGUUCCAGAUAGAAUUUUAGUCAUUGGACAAGAGCAACACAUUGGUACAAAGGCACCACCAAGGGAAAUUAUAUUAGAAAAUGCUGUACUACCAACUGAACCUGGCAUGGUUAGAGUACAGACACCUCCAAGAAUUUUAACAUUGGAUAAUCACUACUUCCCAACAGUCGAUGAGGAAGAACCAACAUCAUAUCGAACAGAGGCUAAGGAUUCAGCAUCCUCUAGAUCUCGUGUACAAUAUUCUACAGAAACACAAAUAGUUAGGCACACUAGAGAACAAACGCCCUCUUAUAGUGCACUUGAUGUUUCUCUUCCUCCCAGUGAAGAGAUACAACAUCUGCGUAGGCAAGUGGGCAAGUUAAAUCGUCGAGUAAUGGCCAUUGAGUUGGACAUGUUGCAACGUCAGCAAAGAGAUAAAAUUUUAUAUGGAUUAACAUUAACAUACUUAAUUCUUAAAGCCUUUUCUUGGUUAACUAGAAACUGAGUUUGCGUUAUGCAAAUGGAAAAGGUUUGUAUCUCGUAUGGAAAGUGGUGCUACUAACCCAUAUAAGUACAAGCUGCUACACAAGAGUCUCUCUUGCUUCAAGAGAAAAUUUGUAACCAAAGACUCUUUGC